AUCAGUACCGUCAAGCAAUGUAUCAUCAUUAUCAGCGGAUAAUUGUGGCGCAAUUGUUAAUGAUAAUAUGCGCAAAUUCACUAAUGCAAUUGUAAAUAAUUCUCAAAAAUCAAAUAUCACGCGAAAUUGGGAGUUACGAAGUGUUGAAAGACGUGAAGCUACACGUGACGCUAUCAAAUUUUUUAGUAGUAAAAAUGAUAGUAAUGCUUCUUCGGCUAUGGAUAAUUUCAAUAAAUUAAAAACAAAUAUGAUGCAUAAUAAAUUUACUCCAUUGGAAAAGGAUGGCGCUAUUGUCGAUGGUAAUCGACAAAUUAAUGAAAGCAGGAAGGAUUCGAAUAUUUCUCAUAGCAUCGAAAGUGAAUAUCAGACAAAUUUACGAAUGAUUGGCAGAAGCGCACGUGACACAAUUAAAAUGUUCAAUAAUAUUGCUAAUGAAACAAAGGAAAAACUUGACAAGAAUCCAUUUUCAUCAACGUAUAUAGCGCCCAAAUAUGAUACAAAUGCGCAUGAUUAUGGUCGACCAAAGCAUGGAUCUAAAACGGAAGCACGUGGUAUUAAAGCAGGUGAUUAUGUGAUGCGUGAAGUGUUAUUUUUAUGUGAAGUGAUAAAUACACAUGCAGAAGGUGAACCACCAAAUCGAAUUAUCCGAUUUGGUCCAUUAUUUUACAUCUAUGCGCAUUAUUCCGAUAAAUUGGUUGGAAUGUUGAUUCGAGCUCGAAAAUAUAAAUUGGUAGAUUUUGAAGGUGAAAUGUUAUAUCAAAGACAGGAUGAUGAUAAGAUUAUACGUUUGUUGAAACCAAUUGAAGAGAUACGAAAACUUGAACCUUCCGGUGAUCCGGUAAAUUGUAUUUCUGUCACUAAUAUUAGCACUACAAAAUGAU